AUCGUCUCAGCAGAUUUGGUUCUGACCCUCAUUAUUGUGGCAGUGACUUACAGGUGUGCCAGCUUCAGGAGGCGGAAGAUAGAUAAUGUCAAACAACAACCUGAGGACACUUCAGCACCAGGGACCCAACAAUUCUUGGACACUUGUCCACCUCCUGCGUCUGACUGCAGCAUCUUUAUUUCUUAAGCUCGCACCUCAGCGCGGGCAGUCGAGAGAAAUCAAACRGACCCGUGAAGCCCACAGAGUCUCGUUUCAUCACCGAAGUGAAACUCAGAAGAUGCCUGACGCUCUCUGCAUCGAGGGCUCGUUGUUUGGUUCCGAGGAAGGACAGGAAGAUUGCAGCUCCUGUUACCUGAUCAACAUGAGCUCAGUCGUGGGCGUUUUUGCGGCCGACAUCGUCUUGACCAUCUUCAUCACCAUCUCGGUGUUCUGCUUCGCCGCUCGCCACCGGAGAAGACGGGAACGGGAUUCUMGUGAAAGUACAAGAAGUCUGCCUUUAUCGGCGUCCAAGAAAAUCACAACAGAAGCCACCGAAUCUCCAUACCAGGAGUUACACGGAGUCCAGUCAGACGUCUACAGCGAGCUUCGACAUUUUAGGAAAUGASACCAAUAAACAAAAUAAAAUAUUUGCUUGUGCUCCAGCAGACCUGUGUGAUAAACUGUGUACAUGUUGUGUAUUUUCAGUGUUCUGUGACAUUUACCCCGUCCUGUCAUGUGUAUAUUUUUUGUAUUUAAUAAAUCAUUGAUUAAACAUUUUAAAACAAGA